AUGCGACCUCCCCACCCUUACGCGCCUGCCUUGGAUGCUCGCAAAUCCUCACGACUUGCGAAAAUAUCGCCCUCUUCGUCACAAAUCCCCCAGGAAUCGACCACGGUAUCGAUAGACCUGCCUCCGCCGCACGAAGCCUCUUCAAGGGAUGCGCUCAAAGGACCUUCUCUAGAUGCCACUGCGUCACUCGCAUCCAGUGUCAAAGGGGUCAAGAAAGCCAACAGAGCGAAUCUACAACAGACCCGGUGGGCUUUGAGUAAAGAGAAGCGACGAUGUGCAGAACUUGAUGCAGCGAAUCAGGAGUUGUCUCAACGGAUGACAGUGAUCCGGUACAAACUGGAUGACUACGGAUAUGGCCGUAUAUUUGAGGACAAUGCCUUCCCAAGAAACGCCGAAGAGAGGAGACUGCUUCAAAGAACACUCCAGGAGGACAUGUCAUUUGCAGAGGCAAAGGAAUGGUUUGCCUAUAGAUGCCCGACGUGCCAAGGGGACGUAACGAAGACUCCUUAUGAGGUACACAUGAUGAAGGAGAUCAUGGAGUCCUUCGCGGUCAACAUCUAUCCUGAUUUAGAGAAUUCUGCGCUAGGUAGGGCCGCGAAUGCGGUCGAGUUUGCGGGCCUCUUCGUAGAUGGAGAUUUGUGCUAG